AUGACUGUCGACUCUAACACCAACUACGGCUUCGGAACCAGAGCUAUCCACGCAGGUGCUCCAAUCGACCCUCACACCGGUGCUGUCAUUGAGCCUAUCUCUCUCAGUACCACCUUCGCUCAGCUGGAACCAUCCAAGCCAAUUGGUAUCUACGACUACUCGAGAUCCGGAAACCCAAACAGAGACAACUUCGAGGCUGCUAUUGCUUCUUUGGAGAAGGCUAAGCACGCCGUGGCCAUUGCCUCUGGUUCUGCCACCACCGCUUUGAUCCUCCAGUCUUUGCCUAUUGGCUCCCACGUUGUUUCUGGUGGUGAUGUCUAUGGUGGUACUCACCGUUACUUCACUAAGGUUGCCAACACCCACGGUCUUGACAUUGAGUUCGUUCACGAUUUGCAGAAGGACUUGGAGGCUUCCUUGCGUGAGAACACUCAGCUUGUGUGGCUCGAGACCCCAUCCAACCCAACCUUGUCUGUCACUGACAUUUCUGCUGUGGCCGACCUUGUGAAGGAGCACAACAAGAAGUACAACAAAAACGCUAUUUUGGUUGUUGACAACACUUUCUUGUCUCCAUACGUGUCCAACCCAUUGGUCCACGGUGCUGACGUUGUGGUGCACUCCAUCACCAAGUACAUUAACGGUCACUCUGACGUUGUCGGUGGUGUCUUGGCCACCAACAGCGAGGAAUUGCACGACAAGUACCGUUUCUUGCAGAACGCCAUUGGUUCUGUGCCAUCUCCUUUCGACUCCUGGUUGGCUCACAGAGGUCUUAAGACCUUGCACUUGAGAGUUAGACAAGCCGCUUACACUGCUCAAAAGAUCGCUGAGUACUUGUCUCAACACGAGUCCGUCAUUGCCGUCAACUACCCAGGCCUCAAGUCCCACGCUAGACACUCUGUUGUUGCUAAGCAGCACCGUGACGGCCUUGGUGGUGGUAUGAUCUCUUUUAGAAUUGCUGGUGGUGCCCAAGCUGCAUCUGUCUUCACUUCUUCCACCAAGCUCUUCACCUUGGCUGAGUCCCUUGGUGGUAUUGAGUCUUUGAUCGAGGUUCCUGCUAUCAUGACCCACGGUGGUAUCCCACAAGCCGAGAGGGAGAAGGCUGGUGUCUUCGAUGACUUGAUCAGAGUUUCUGUUGGUAUUGAGGAGACUGAUGACUUGUUGGCUGACAUAGAACAGGCCUUGGCUAAGAUUAAGGCUUAA